UGCCACGAAGCGGGAAAAAUGGUGUCCACGUUGUCCUCACUCCUCUGUACGUCUGCCAUUAGAGAUGAAGGAGAAGGAAAUUUAUCCAUUAAUGGAGUGGGCAAUUGUGCACGGGUAUGGAUACGGGUACAGCCGUACAGGUAUGAUUGAACUAUGAAAUGUAAUACAAACUCCAAAUUCAUUUUCCAUUGGGUCUUUCCCGCAAAAUUCGAUAGCUGAAUUUCAUCAAAACAACAACAGAAGCAACCACAUUAACAUUUUCCAUCUGUCUCUGCCCCUUUUUUCUCCUUAUUUUGUUUCGUUCGAUUUGGAGGAACAGCGACGAGACGAGGGUAUUUCUGCUCUUCAAUAAUAGAAGAGGCAUGAUUAAAUUCAAUUUUUCAUACACUUGUUAAUAUGAUUGCGUAAGAAUGAAUGCAAUCAUUUCUGGGUGAUUCCGUUUUGAUGAAAUGAUUUUGGGUAUUAUCGUGUAGGAGAAAUUAUCAAAUUAUUAUUAGAUGAGAUGAAACUAAGGAAAUGGAAGUUAAAUUGUAAUAAUUCGGUAAUUCAUCGAAAUGACAAGACUCAAUUGGAUCCUUUUUUUGGCGUUUAUUUCGCUUUUUACAAUUAGUUUUUUGGAAGAUAAACAUUAUGCCAGGAUAUCUUUCAGUUCUGGAAUUGAAUCUCCUUCAUUGGUGAUUAAGAAACAAUGGGAAGAUUAUAUGCAGAGAAGUUGUUCCAAAGAAUUGGUGGAAAUGAAAAGAGAAUUUGGCGAUGACUUGUACUUGUUAUUUAAGGCCUUGAAAACUGACAUUGGAUCAAGUUCAGUCUGGUUACAAAAAGGAUCUGAUGAACCCUUAACUACCGUGCAAUCCAACAUCCAAGAACUUGUUUUAGUUUGCUUCAGACAGAAUUACCAUCUCUUUCCUGAUUUAAGGGACGAAAACGGUUUUUUUAGUCAUGCUAAAUUGCCUCUCGAUUCAUCUAGUGUUCCUAGAAGAUUCUUGGUUGACAAGUCUCUCAAAGCAUCUUCCAGCGCUGCUGCCAGCCCAACAGAUGUGUUUGACAACCCAAUUAUAAUACCUCCUGAUUUGCUUUUUAAAUCGCCUCCUCCGCCUGUGAAUUCGGAAGACUCGUCUAUUUCAGGAAAGGAAGAACGUAACAAACAUUUGAACCAAAUUAUAACUAUUGCUUCCACGAUAGCAGGAGCAGUUGUUAUCUUUGCUUUACUGUUAUUUUGUUGUCUGAUGAAAGGUCAUAGUAGCUAUGCAGAUGCACAAAAGGAUGACAAUCCUCUACUCACUCUGAGUUCAAGUGACUUCUCUGCUGGCAACCUCGGUUCCUCGAGAAGCUCUGACGUUAAGGAUGGUAGAGAUAAAAGUUUUAACUACUUGGGUUUAAACCAUGAAGGACAUGGUAGUUCUUUAGGCGGUUUACCAGAACAUGGUGCUGGUGUAGCUGGAAAUGCUGAAGGGCCUUCUGAGAAAUCAACAGUUGAAAAACCUGUUCCUUCGCCACCAGUUGCACCAUCGCCUCCACCCCCCAAGCCUAAGCCUCCACCACCUCCAAAGCCUAAGGCUCCGCCACCUGUUCCAUUAAUGAAAGGUUCUAAAGGACCAAACAUUCGAGGAAAGUCAGCUUCUGGUGACCUUUCAGGGGAUCCUGAUGGGAAAAGAACAGUGUUAAAGCCAUUUUUUUGGGAUAAAGUGGUUGGUAAUCCUGAACACUCCAUGGUUUGGGAUGAAAUUCGAUCAGGAUCAUUCCAGUUCAAUGAAGAGAUGAUAGAAUCACUAUUUGGAUAUAAUCCUGAUGACAAAAGGGGUGGUGACCAAAGGAGCAAGUUAAAGGAUGGCUCUCAACCACAACUUAUACAACUAAUUGAUGCGAAAAAGUCUCAAAACUUAUCUAUUCUUCUUAAAGCACUUAACGUAACCACGGAAGAAGUUCAUGAUGCUCUUAUAGAAGGUAAUGAAUUGCCAGCGGAGCUAUUGCAGACGUUACUGAGAAUGGCUCCUACUCAAGAAGAAGAGCUAAAGCUUCGAUUAUUCAAUGGUGAUAUUUCUCAACUUGGACCUGCAGAGAAAUUUCUGAAAGCAUUGGUUGAUAUCCCAUUUGCUUUUAAAAGAAUGGAGUCACUGAUGUUCAUGAUGACUUUCAAAGAAGAAGUCUCCGCUAUUAAGGAGUCUUUUGUUACUUUGGAGGUAGCUUGUGAUGAACUCAAGAAAAGCAGACUAUUUCUUAAGCUCUUGGAAGCAGUUCUUAAAACUGGCAACCGUAUGAACGAUGGCACCUACCGUGGUGGUGCUCAAGCAUUCAAACUUGAUACCCUUUUGAAACUUGCUGAUGUGAAGGGAACAGACGGGAAGACUACAUUAUUGCAUUUUGUCGUUCAAGAGAUUAUUCGCACUGAAGGCUUGAAAGCUUUACGUGCUGCAAAAGAAAACCGCAGCAUAUCUAGCAUGAAGUCCGAGGAUUUUGUAGAAGAUCCGAACUUUGAUUCAAAAGAACACAAUUACACUCUCGGACUUCAAGUUGUGUCGGGUAUAAGUAGUGAGCUUGAAAAUGUCAAAAAGGCAGCACUCGUUGAUGGUGACGGGCUAACAACCACUGUGUCCAAACUAGGACAAUCUCUAAUGAAGACUAAAAUGUUUUUGGAGAACGAGAUAGAAAACCCAGAGGGAGAUUCUGGGUUCUAUCAAGCUCUCAUAAGUUUUGUACAACUCGCAGAAGGUGAGGCAACCUGGCUACUCGAAGAAGAACAAAGGAUAUCAGGUUUGGUGAGAAAAACAGCAGAUUAUUUCCAUGGGAACGCUGGACGCGAAGAAGGGCUACGUCUGUUCAUUAUUGUGCGCGACUUUCUGUUAUUGCUUGACAAGAUCUGUGCAGAAAUAAAACAAUCUUUCGCAAAGCGAGAAAAAAACCCUAGCAAAGAAUCAUCCUCUAAACGGCCUUCUCUAGAUCAGAAUUCAUCGAUACAAGACAUGCGCCAGAAAUUAUUUCCUGCCAUUGCUGAUCGACGUGUAGAUGACUCCAGUUCUGAUUCGGAUGACUGAUUAUAUUUUCCCUGUUAGCCGGUAGGUAUAGUAGAUCUUCCUCCGCUCUGGUCAGUGAAACAUAAGUCGCUAGUUAGUUCGCCUUUUGGAUUCUUGAUUCGAUUAAAAUGGUUCAAAAAUAGCCUAAAAUCGACCAUAAUUCGCUUUUUUCGAUGUACGAUUCGCAAGGCAAUUAGCGAACUAUGUGACAUUGCUUCUGGUUCAUCCUUUGUCAAAAAAAUGAACUUUCAACCGUAUAGUCUUAGAGUGUCUGAAAUUGUUAUCUGUAUAAAAAGUUGUCAUUUUUGGUGUACAUUUAUUAUUAAAUUUCACUCGUUUUUGUUAUGGUAAUACAAUGUAUAUUAUUAUAGUGCUAAGAUUAACUAAUAAUUUGUUCUCUUUAUUUGUUUUUGUUUAAUAAAAUAUGACCUGAGAAGAACAAGAUGUUGGUUU